CCAAAGCAUGCGCUGAACAGUGUUUUGCAUUAUUUGACUCGUGGCGAUUGGGAUAAGCUGAUCCAAGAUCGGGAAACUGCCUGUAUGAUGAUGCGGCUGCCAUUGGACUAUUAUCACCGAGUUUUACAACACUUUUUCCCCCGAGUGGAGUGUCGCUAUGGUGCCGACGUCGCAACGGCUCUAGCCACUGGUGACCGCAAGCGCAAUAGAGCGGCCAUUCGUGCUGCAAAUGGAAAGGAAGAGCGUGGUUCAUCUUCGAAAAACGGAAAUGCAUCAAGUAAUACAAACACGUCCUCUCCCGCUGGGGUAAAGAAAACCUCUAGUACUGGUGUUGGAGGAAAUUCCACGACGAAUAAUGUUGGGCUUGGCAAGGGAGAUGCCGCGCAGGUAUCUGCUGAACAACAAAGUAUCGAUUUGUCGCAGCUGGACUGGGUUAUUGUUUUGGUGAACGGUCACUAUUUGGCCUUCGUUCGAGCCGAUGGACCUAUUCAAACACCAGAAAAGGGUUCAAAAUCGAAUCCUCUCUCUGCUAAACAAGGGAUGGGAAAAAACGAUUCCAAGAACCAGUGGUGGGUGAAUCUCGACAGCAUGGACGUUUCGAGCUUUCCGCGACAGCCCAAUACGGAAGAGUUGAAAAACCUGAAAGGGGAAGUGACGAUGGAGCAAAUCACUGGGAGAUUCAAUAGUGGAUCACCAAAAACGCCCACACGAGGAGGAACUUCAUCGAACAAUGAAAAAAAUCUGUCUACUACUGAAGAUUUGGAUGACAUGAAUGGGUCUGGUGUGUAUGUUUUCUUUGACCCGACGUGUUCUUUUCCAUUAGACGCUUCACGAUUCGUGAGCAGCUGCCUCGUCCACGUAGAUCGAAACCCCUUGCGCAAGAUUUCCGAAACAGCAAACCGGUCAGUCAGUCCCCGACAUGCUCUGCGACCCAAGCGCUCUGGAACUAGUUCAGCCAGUAGUUCCAGCACAUCAUCGACGACCGUGAGCAGUUCGGUAAAGCUUUCUCCGGCUACCUAUGCAGCACUAGCUGCGUCAAAGAACGCCUUUGGGCCAACUGUGCCCGUGGCGGCUCCAGCUGCACCGACCAGUGCUAAUUCAAAAAAUGCUGGAGAACAAGAAUCCACCUCUACUACUUCUGUCAUCUCUACAAAACAAGAUAGUCAUGGUGCUCCAGCUACCAGGACUGCUCUUGACACCAGCAAGAACGGCAAUGAAAAUCUCGCACGCACGGCGAAAGAUGGGCCAUCGAACCCGACUAUUUCGAAUACAAAAGUUGGCGCGGCCUCUACAAACGCAGAUAUUAAGACAAGCAGCGCUUCUGGAAAUACAAGUAAGCAGGUGGGUACAAGCAAAGAUGCCACUUCCGCGGCUGGUAAGUGGUUGGCAGCUUCUGCGGACAAAGGAAAGGGCUCAGGGAAAGGGACAAUUUCAUUGGGAAAAUUCGAGAAUGUUUCGGGUCGACAUUCGCAGUUUACAGCAACGGCGGAGGAGGAACGCAAGGAGAGAUACAAGAAAAUGAUGACGCCCGCAUCUCCAGACGCACGAAAAGGUUUCGCAUGGAAAUAGUGUGGUGGAUAUUCAUCAAGAUGUGAAGUGUAGGAUGAGACUGCUGCCUACAGGCGAGUGAUGCUACGCCUUGUUGCCGUUUUAUGCUCGUUAGAAUUAGGGAGCACGAAGUAGACGCCUAAGUGAGAUUGGUGACCACGGGUGGUUAUAUAUAAUGAGUUGGAAUUGGAUGAUGAUGAUGAUGAUUCCAUUUAAAUGGAUCUUCAAAUUACGCAGAACUGUUUUUUCGAGCACUAAGUAAACAAUCCACUGUCCGGGAAAGCAGUAUUUGAAAAACGAGGGACCGUAGCUGUGCGUGUGCCGCAUAUUAGAAAUGAUAAUGAACCGAAAGUAAGAAGUACCUGUAGCUAUUGCACAGCCAUCUUUAACUUUCAGGGCAGUAGUGCACGAGAACUGAAGUGGAUGUCGCUUGAAUAUUUUUACAGGAUUUAUUGUAUGUAUGAAAUGCAUAGUUGAGUCCGCCUGUUAGAAGAAGUGCAAUUUUUCGCCCUUGGGAUGCCAUCGCUUCUGUUCCCUACAUACUACAACCACCAAUUUGGCGAUGAUGAUCAUUGUAAGAAAGUGCAAG